AUGCCGCACGAGCACGAGGGGGCGUCCGCCGGGAGGCCGGCGGCGCAGCUUUCCUGCUUCGGCGCGAGAGGCCCGGGCAGCCGCAUCAAUGCGUCUCGCGCCACGAGGACGGCGUUUGGAGGCGGGGACGGCGGUAGCGCUGGCGGGGACGGCGGUAGCGCGGGCGGUGGCGAGGGCGACAGCGAGGGUGGCGGCGGCGAGGGCGGCGGGGGCGAGGGCGGCGGUGGCGAGGGCGGCGGUGGCGAGGGCGACAGCGAGGGUGGCGGCGGCGAGGGCGGUGGGGGCGAGGGCGGCGGCGGCGAGGGCGGUGGGGGCGAGGGCGGCGGCGGGGAGGGCGGCGGUGGCGAGGGCGACAGCGAGGGUGGCGGCGGCGAGGGCGGUGGGGGCGAGGGCGGCGGUGGCGAGGGCGGCGGUGGCGAGGGCGACAGCGAGGGUGGCGGCGGUGAGAGCGGUUGGGGUGAGGGCGGCGCGGGCGGAGACGCGGGUGGCGGCGCGGGCCGCGGGGACGGCGGCGGCUGA